GAGCCAGUGUACGCUCGUCAGGCGUCGUGAAACCACGCACCUUCACUUAACUGAAACUUAAAGACUUUUUUUAUUUUAUUAUUUUCCCAAAAGUUAAGUAAAGAACACGGAGUGUCAUGUUGAACCAUUUUUGUAUUUCGAAAAAUGUGAUUCAGUCAACGAAAGGAUUUGGUUUCUAAUUUUUUUGUUUUUAAUUUUUAUUUUUUGGGAUUUUUGAGUGUACGAACUAUACAGGAGGUUUGAUUUGGAAUUGAAGUGACGUUGUUUUUAUAAGAUGGCGCACCGCACCGUGCACCGCCUCGCCUGCCUCGUGACACUCCUGGCUGUGACGUCAUCAGCCAAGAAGGACCAGUCAAGAUGGUCUCGUCAGAUCAGCACCUACACAUCAGACAUCAGCGACUGGGUGCCCCUGUCCGGCCCCGUCGAGAGAGAACCCGAACAACCUCAACAACCUCAGAUUAAGAGACAAGCCGUUGCAGAACCUAGAAUACUGACGGAACCAUUCCCAGGACUAACACGACCAACAGGAUUCAGCCAAGAUGCCUUCCCACACAGGAACUUUUAUAAUGCUCCAGCAAACAGACAGCUGUACCUUCAAUCUGUGCCAUCGGCCCCACAGAAUUAUCUGACUGACCAAGGCUUCGGGACAGGCAUUCGAUUUGGUUUGUCACAGCCUAAUUUCCCACUGAGUCAAGGAUUUGUAGCUCCCCCAUUCGGAUUUGAAACCGUUCAGCCUCAGAAGCCCAGGCCACAGCCGAUUCUUAACCCAGUUAGCUUCAAUCAAGCGUUACCUGGUCCAUCUCAAGCAAAACCUUUUCUGGGCCAACAUCAAAAACCUAAACUGGAAGUUCCCCGGCUUGUUGAUGGAUACCGCGCUGAAAACGUGAGCAACGCCUUCGGCUUUGUUAACAAGAAACCUCAGUCUCUACAGAAAAUUAAAUUUGAUACCAUCGAUAAACCAUUGAAACCAGAAUCAGUGCCGCAGAACAAACACGAGAGAGAGGAAGUUCAGUUAUUGUACGUGCCUUUAGAGUCGUUGAACAGAGGACAGUUUAACUUCAGGACUCCCCUGACAACUUCGCAGUUGGUUAAUUCAGAAUUGUAUUCUCAAGGAGGCGCAAGACCCAAUCCUGUCAAACAGACAUUCGUCAGCGAUUAUCAAAGACCAGGUGCUAAGCCAGUAGACCCACUGUCAGGUCAAAACUAUUUCUCUGAAUUCUCUCAAAUGAAAGACGUUGAUCAAGUGCCAAAAUUCUCAACAAUUCCAACUCCUUUCCCCACUCAACCUUCAACGACGCCGAAACCGAAGAAGUUGAAGCCACAUCAACCACCAUUAGCUAUUUUCAUGACCAAGGAAGUCAGUAAGAACAGUCAAGUUAAAGUGGGAGACGUGUUAUCUUCUCUAAAGAAUGCCGACACUAUUGCUGUGCUAGACUCAGUCAAUCCUUUGAAUGCACCCAAGGUUUUCAUUGGACCCUCAACUUUACCACCACCUGACAACUUCGUCAAAUUCGAACUGCCUUACCUAUCAAACAUAGAGAACAGCGACAAGAAACUAAAACAAUUGCCAUUCUUUGUUGCACCCUUGAGCUACAACACUCCAAAUGGGUUCGCAAAAAUUCCUUUCCCAUCUCCACAUGUGGGAUCAGUAGUCAUUAACUCACAAAUCCGUGACUCAUCACAACCUCAGGCGCCAUCACAACCAGGAUAUAAUCAGAACUAUUACGCAGUCACACAGCCGCCUUACAAGCCCGAAAAACCUGUAACACAAAAACCCACAUUCAGCUACUAUACCACUGCCGCGCCUAAACCAAACCCAGUGCCAAACUACCAGUCGAAUUACUACUCCUUCGAGCCACAAACUGUCUCAUCAAUCAGGCCACCAAAGCAACCUGAGACAGCCACAGCACCACCCAAAUCAGGUUCAUAUUUUAUAAACAACGCGGGACAUCAACCCAACUCUCAAGAGUACAGCAACUACCAGGCUCAGAAUAAUUUCAAGUCUUCAGAGACCGAUCAGUACUACCAGAGGAAACCAGAUCAUACGACCACAUUACGUACAACUACGACAACUACAACGACGACAACUAAACCGCCUUCAACUUAUCCGAGUCAACUGCUUGAGACUCAUAAUCCUUACUCUAUCAACCAGGCGUUCCACUUCAGCACUCCGUUAGAUUACCACAACUACUUCGAUGAUAUUAAACAGCCUUAUCCUACACCUGCGUCAGAAGGACAUUCAUCACCAUCUCCAACACGGCCGGCUUCCCCAUCCCCAACUCCAGCCAGCCCAACUAGUGCUGAAAAACAACCUGAACAAGUAAUUACACAAAAGCCAAAGUACCGCCAACAGGCCACACCAAGCUAUUUACAAAACUACACCCCAGAAAUCCACCAUGAUUCUGAUCCGAAUCUGAAAUACCCUGUAUUCAACCCAACUGACUAUUUUGCUAAAACGGAACAUACUACAGAAAAGACCCAGCCAAGCCCGGUUUACACUAAUAGUGUUACUCCAGCACCAGUAAGAAAUAUAUACAACCAAGAUGCUGGAAAACAAAACAAUUACAAUCAGCAAGAAAUCUUGAAAACUAACUACAAUCAAGAAGUCAAUGCUCCUGUAAAACAAACUUAUCAGCAAGACUUUAACGCCCCAGUUAGGCAGACUUAUAACCAAGAUUUCCAUGCUCCUCAAACUAACAACUACAACCAAGACGUAAAUGUUCCAGUAAGUAACAAUUACAAUCAAGAUUCUAAUACUCCCGUAAGAAAUAACUACAAUCAGGAGGUAACAACUCCAGUUAGAAAUAACUACAACCAAGAAGUAACAUCUCCAGUAGGAAACAAUUAUAAUGUGGAAAACACCGCACCAGUUAGCAACAACUACAACACAGAAAUCGAUGCUCAAGUAAAUACAUACAAAACAGAAUAUAACCAAAACGUUGAACCUCAACCUGCAGUGGACCAAAACAUUCCAUCAGGUCCAUCAGUAGACAUUAACAGUGUGCCAACCAUUUCUGAAGUAGAUACUCCGCCUAAAUACAGUGGUGAAGAGUACACAUACCAAAAUAACUAUGAAUCUGCUGAAGUGAGUCCUACUUCAUCUUCAACCACAACGACGACCACAACUACACGUAGAACUCCUCAGAGGAACAGAGGCCGUCCCCGAUACACCACCACACCUCGAUCUGAAUCUUACGAGUCUACCAGCAAAGUAGUAGUCACAAGGCGACCCUUACGAGAACGACGACCACUUCCAUCCAGACCUCGUUAUGAACCAAACAAAAUCACUACCGAAAAAACAAUCAAAAAACUAUCAGAGUCAGCGGAGAGUACAACAAAAUCUUCAAGACAACGAACGAGGGGACGUAUCCACUAUAAGCCAUCAGAAAACGAGGAUAUUUACGAUAGAAGAGUUAAAACUCAUAACAGCAAGGAAGAAGACCUCGCGUAUCAGAGAGACGUCUUGCAUCAAAACUAUCCAGUAACCUUGAUGGAACGUAUGAGCACCGUCGAUAUUGAAGCUAUCACUGAACCCACCCCUAAAGAGACUUCAGAAAAAUCCGAAGAACCUAUCACCGAAAAUGAUACUGAAAAUGCUUACACAAACGAAAAGGCAUCUAUAAGCCAACACUACACAAAUGUUGACUCAAAAGAAGAAGCGGCAUUGCCAACCUUUACUUCGAGAAGCACUGUGCAAACAGAAACAUCAUAUGUGCCUAAUUUGCCAUCUACCCGUCAAGAAUACUUCUACCAGUCACGAAGCAGUAUUGCGCCAGUAGAAGCCUCUGCUUUUGAUGAAACAAGUCCCGAAAAAGAAGAAGACAUUUACGUCAAACAAACAACACCAAUAACGAAACCAGAAUAUGACAUUAGUUCAUAUGCUACUGACACACCCGCUAGCCCUGCGACCGAACAAAGUGUAAGCUUUUCAGUCAGUCACGAAUAUGACUCUGGUAAACAAGAAGAAUCCACCACUGCCCCUGAAAAUGAAGAUAUCAAAAUCGAAAACCAGGAGCACCAGGAAAUUGAAGAAGAAGAAGAAAAUGUUGUUCAAACCACACCAUCAUACAACCGAGUACGCGUGCGCCCUGGAGUCAUCCGACAGUAUCACCAAGCUUCAACAGAAUCUUCCAGAAACAAGGAAAGGAAGAGACCAGCUCAGCCAGUCACUUAUAGACCAGCUUUCGACCGACGAAGAACAACAAUGAGAAUUGAUGAAAUUGAAGCUGACUUGAAGACAAAGCAAGUACACGCUAGGCCGGAAGUACAAGAAAUUAGGCACCCUGUGUACAGACCGGAACCUACCACAGAACCAUCUGCGACAUCUCCCUCUACGACGGAAAGUUCUACUAAACGUGGACAUUUUCGCCGAAGAAGACCUUCAUAUUCUUAUACUACGACAUCGACUGAGUCAUCGAGCACUAAACGUGUUUAUGAAGUAAAGAACAGAUUCAGAGGACGAAGACCCACUGAGAAACCCACGGACAAACCAGAUGUACAGACCGAAGCACCCAACACUACCAACAGAAGCCAACUUCAUACGAGAUACAGCCCUAGACCAAGACUGUCCGAGAGAUACAACAAGAAACCCGAAAGCAAGGAAGAAGAAACAGAAGAUCAGGAUUCUAACUUUUCCAUCAACAGACCAAAGUACGCUGAACCCGAAACAGACCAGUGGUCACCCAAGAUCUCAAGCGAUUCCUUUAAACCAUUCAAUCCUAAUGAUAUCAUAGAUGAACAGAAAGUCGCAACAACUGAGCGUAGAUCAGACAAGGAGAGUGAACUGGACAUAAUCACAGCUAGGAACGAGUUUGAUGAUAUACUGCUAACUGUAACUCCAGCAACUAACACUAGAUCAGUCAAGAAAAUUCCUGAAAUCCCCCCAACUCUAGAGGCUUUGGUAGAACAGAGCAAAGUUACCAGAAGCGACACCACUGACUCCAUGUCUACUUUUGAAAGUAUGUUGGAAGAAGUGAUGAAAAGCUUGGAGGAACAAGAUCAGGAUGAGUACACCACGAAUGUGAUGAAACACAAAGGCGGUGAGAUUGGUGAAAUUCCCCCGGAGAGAAUAAUAUCUUCUGGAGAGACCUACGUACAGAAGCAGACUACACCGAUGGAAGAAAUCACGACUGAGCAAACUACGGCCUAUGACUCUUCUGUUAAUGCAGAGGAUGACAAAGACCGCAAGGGCCGCCGUCGUGGAUUCUGGAAGAAAGUCAAAGUGCGUCCUGCAUCCACCGAAUCCAUAGAAUUUGCUGAAUCGCAGUACUACACUCACACCGUCAACCGCCUCGGACAACCAUUAAAGCUAUCCAAAAACGUUCAUGACAAAACAGAAAGAAUUGAAAAACCCAAGGUUACAACUUACAAACCAAGCUACGAUUUUAUCAAAGACCUAUUCUCAAGUAACGAUGAAGCAGAAAACAUUGAUGUGAUCCCUACUGUAGACAUACCUAAACUAACUAGCAAAGACUCCGAAAAGGAUGAAACUCUCAUUACUGAAGAAAGCAAACAGACCACAGUUUAUCUGCCAAAAGAAACGCAGACUGAAACAGCUAUCAGUCCCGGAGACUUGGACCUAGGAACAGGUUCACCAGACCCUACCAUGGAUGACAUGUACGUUACCACUCCAACUGAACCGACCACUACCAACAAACCUGUGACAGAUAACAAAUCUGAUGCUGGGUUCAGUUUCAUGGACUACUUAUUUGGAACGACUUCAGAGGACAAACAGGUCAGCCCAGAAAACGAAGCCAAAACAACUGAACUAGAAAUACAAAUUACCACAGAGCAACCCAAACCUAAGAUAGUCACGACGGAAAGCGCAUUCAUUCCUGAAGAAAUAACUGCUGCGUCUGUUACUGACGAAAAUACGGAAUCUGUAACCGAUUUUACUGAAAUCAAAAAGCUGAAUACUACUGAGGAAAGUCAAACAGAAAAGGUUGAUGAAGUUACUGAAACAUCAGUAGUUCGAGUAGAGAGUUCAUCUGUGUCAUCUUUCAUGAAUCCUGCUAAUGUAGUGAGCACGUCAAUGUCCACAGAGGUGUCGCAUGAAACUGAAAUAUGCUUUAGAGGAAAAUGCAUCAAAACUAGCAAAGACAUCCUAUAAACCCCAAGUGAUCUAAAACCAUGGUGCUAUUGACUUUUGUGUUCAAAGUAGUGAAUUUGUGAAAGGACAAAUGACUCAUUUAGCUAAGGUCAAGUGUAAGGAGUCAGCGAAAUUCUAUAAUCUUGUAUGAAAUAUUUAUUAAUAUUUUUGUGGAUUAGGUAUUCGGUGCGGUGAAAUCUUGUAAAUAGUAUUUUGAGAGGCUCUUUACUUGGUUCCACCUGAGUAAUCUUUAAUUAAUUAAUUAGACUUAACUUUCUAUUACUUUUAAGGUCUGUGGCCACAUGCUUUAAGAGUUCACACUAUGUAAUAUAUUUUUACGUAGUUAAUAUUUUGAUUGUAAGAACAAUUUAAUAUUAAUUUUUUACCUACAUACUCUACCUAAUGUAAAUAUGACUGAACAUUUUAUAACCAUUAUUUUUAAGAUUUUCUUGUUAAUGACUAUUUAUUUUCUUAGUUUAAUUAACUAUGUACUAAGUUCUUCUCCACACUUGAAGAUUACCUUCCAUUAUUUUCAAUAUUAUGGGAAAAUCAAAGACACUUCUUAUACUAUCCCACCCAAAUAAUAACAAUCUUGCUUAUUUGAUAGAUAUUUUAUAAGAGUUAUCUGUUAAAUAACCACUGGAAUUGUAACUGUAUUGAAAAUAAAAUAAAAGUAUUACCAAUUA